AUGGUCCUGUUACCCUAUGUUUCCAUCAGAUUCACCAACACUUUAGAACCCAGAAACCACACCAGUGUUUCAGAAUUCCUUCUCCUGGGGCUGACAGAGGAUCCAGAACUGCAGCUCCUCAUCUUUAGCCUGUUCCUGACCCUGUACCUGGUCACUGUCCUUGGAAACCUGCUCAUCGUCCUGGCUGUCAGCUCUGACUCCCAUCUGCACACCCCCAUGUACUUCUUUCUCUCCAAUCUGUCCUUUACUGACAUCUGUGUGAGCACAACCACCAUCCCAAAGAUGCUGGUGAACUUCCACACACAGAAUCAGAGCAUCACUUACAUGGGCUGCCUCAGCCAGAUUUUCUUUGUUGUUGUUUUUGCUGGUGUGGAAAAUUUUCUUCUUGCAGCAAUGGCCUAUGAUGGCUGUGUGGACAUUUGUCACCCACUGAGGUACACUGUCAUCAUGAACCCCUCCUUCUGUGGCCUGUUGAUUCCACUUUCCUUGUUUCUUAAUGUGGUGGAUGCCCUGCUCCAUAGUCUGAGGGUUUUGCAGCUUUCCUUCUGCACAGACCUGGAAACCCUUCACUUCUUCUGUGAACUUGCUCAGGUCCUCAAGCUCGCCAGUUCUAGUACCCUCAUCAAUAACAUCCUGUUAUAUUUUGUGGUUGGCAUAUAUGGCGGUAUUCCUCUUUCUGGGAUCAUAUUCUCUUACACUCAGAUUGUCUCCUCUGUUUUAAGAAUACCAUCAGCUGGUGGAAAGUAUAAAACUUUUUCCACCUGUGGGUCUCACCUCUCAGUUGUUUCUUUAUUGUACGGAACAAGCUUGGUCAUGUAUAUCAGUUCUACAUUUACACUGUCUUCCAAGAAGACAGAAAUAGCCUCACUGAUGUACAUUGUGGUCCCUCAAAUGAUUAAUCCUUUUAUCUACAGCCUGAGGAACAGAGACAUACAGCUAAGCUUGAGAAAAAUCAUUGGCAGGAUACCUUUUUUUAAGUGA